AAAAGUAAACAACGAAGAACGAAGUAUUUUUUUUUGUAAAGAUUUUUCAUGUGUAAUACAUUUUUAAAAUUUCAUUACAAUUGAACAAAAAUAUGUACUUAGAUGUGGAUAGUUUCACGCCUGACUUAGUUGACUGAAUUAAAAGCUUCUUAAAUUUGCUUUAAUUUGAAACACUGUGCAUUGAAAAUUUAUCUCUUGUCAAAUACUGAAUUCGGUACUUUUACUUUUCUUUUUAUAAGAAAUGUUAAUCCAAACACUAGAAUGGCUCAAAAUACAGCACAGUGUUUAGAUUAUUUGUCUAAACUCGAAGAAACUGCACAAGACAUACUAAUAGACAAAGAACAAAUUGUAAAUCUUAACAGGCGGAGCAAUACUCUAAGAGAAGCAAAGAGAGCUCUGCAAGCUGAACUGAAAAAAGAAAAACCUACAUCAAAAACAUGGCUGUGUUUUGGAAAUAUGUUUAUAAAAUGUCCUACUCCAAAAGCUCUAACAAUUGUAGAAAAAGAUGAAACUGUGAUCAAUGAAGAAAUUAACAAAAUUCGAGACAAUCUAAAACCUAAAGUUGAAAAUAUGAGAAACCUAGAAGGAAAGCCUCCAUCAAAGUUUAAUUUGAAGCCUCUAAACAAAGAUGAAGUGACAGCAAUGCAAAGCCUUUUACCAACAGUUUAUUAAAAUAUACAACUUUUUUUUUUAUAAGUCAUUUUAGUUAGAAAAAUAUAAAAGAAUUGUAACAGCAAAAGAACUGUAACUUUGAAGUCAUAUAAAUUUAAAACAUUAACAUAAAAAAUGAUUGAAUUCAAUGUGACUUGAUUAAUAUCAUGAUAUCAUUCCAAUAACUUUCUUGCUUAUUUAUCCUGUAAUAAAUUUUGUUCAUUUAUAUACUGUAAACCUGCAAAAUAAUGGAUAUUAUAAAUAUGAACAAAAGUAACAAUACUUUUUAUUGUAAUUUCAUAAAAUAAACUUUUUAAUU